GUGAACACUUCACCGCAGUGUCGCGGAACUCAUCGUUGCCAGAGCUUGUUCGCAAGCUCCAACUACUUGUUCAUGAGUGUAGCUCCCUGCGGGAGUACAUUAAUGCCGCUGCUUCGGAACAGCAGCAGCCUGGCAUGCUCCUACGAGUGGCGCGUGGUGAUGCAGGAGCAAGCAAUGAGGAUCAAUCCGUGAGUGGACAUGUGACGGCCGGCUGCAUUUGGGAGGUCUCAGCCGUGGUGUUGGAGUAGCUAGUUUCAAGCACGCUGGUGCACAUGUUGAAUCACCGCGCUCGAAGUUUGUGCAGUGUCUGGUGAAAAUGGGUGGUCGCCCCAUGCAUCUGCCGAAACCGCUGGGUCCGUACCAUGUUUCAUUUGCUGAUUUCGAACUGCGGCGAAGGAUAGGUGAAGAAAGUGUUGCUGUUCAUCCCUCAGAUCCUGAAAAGAACGAGCUCAAUUUGGACAAUGUGCCGCCAAUGCGAUUCUUCUAUCCCACAGGUGAGGAUCCCAAGUGGCAUCUCUCCGACACGCAGGCGCGGCGCUGGCUGCCGCAUUUCAACUACACAUGGGGCUACUUCUCCAAAAUUAUCCUACCGUCAUCCUGCCUACGUCGCUUCGCCAUUUGGGUCCUCACGUGCUUCCUGCAUCUGAUUUUGUGGCUGCAGCUGCACUGCUCGGUGGCGAAGCCCGUCUUGAUUCCGGAAGGCGAGGACAAGAAUGGUCGAUUGCCCGUGGUGAUUUUCUGCCACGGCAUGUGGGCUUGUCGCACAACCUAUACGCUUGCCUGUUGCGACAUUGCUUCACAUGGUUACAUUGUUGUAGCGGUGGAGCAUUUAGAUGGCUCAGCGGUUGCUGCUAAAUACAGAGACGAGAAGGGCAAAAGCAAGUGGAUUACUCAUGCGUUCGCGGAACGGCCGUUCGACGAUACGCCAAUUGCAGACCGCUCCAAGCAACUCAGGCAGCGAACAGACGAGGUCCGCAAGGUGGUCGAUGUGUUGGAGAUGCUCACAAGCGGGCUUCUCACACAGAAAGCCAAUGCAGUGAAAGGAAAAACGGCCUUGGAUCUGAGAAAGAUUCGGGGACGCAUGGACAUGUCGCACUUGGCCAUUCGAGGGCAUUCAUUUGGAGGCUCCACCGCCAUAGUCGCUUGCGGGCUGGACAAGAGACUCAAAUGCUGCAUCGCUGAAGAUGCGUGGUGGCAACCUAUAGAGCAGCUCGACUUUGACAGAGUGGCUGGCAAGGUUCCAUUGCUUCUCGUCAAUACGGAGCUCUUUGAGUGGAAUGAUCUACGUCGCUUGCGCACCCUUUUUCUUAAAGCACGAGCCGAUGCGCGGCGUGAUGAGCAGCCUCUGGUGACAGAACUGUUCACGAUCAAGGGUGCGCGUCAUAUGGAUCAGAGCGACUUUCCCGUGAUGUGGCCAAGGAUCUUCAAAGCAGCAAAAUUGUCGGGUACGGUAGAUGCGUCGCUCGUCAAAGAUAUCAACAGCAGACUCUCUCUUGAAUUUUUGCAUCGUAAUCUGUUACCACCUGGAACAGGAGCUCCGUACGCAGUAGAGAUUCUCGAAACAGACACUGCUUAUCUUCUCGAUAGUACGCUUCCACAACCUGCAGAAAGAUUGUCACCAGCAGAAUCAUCUGAGCAGCCGGAAGUAAGGACAGAAUCGUUGUAGACACUGGGUUCAUUUGUGCACCUUUGAAGCGUACGAUGGCUAAAUCACGACUUUCGAGCUUAGCAUACGACUCUACGACGUUCCAAACUUUCUGAAAGGAUUUCACGUAGAAUCGGUGAAAACAAAAAUAUUCAUCAUGAUGAAGACGUAAUUGGUUCCUCUACCAUCAGAUGUGUGAGUUAGCACCUUCAAUCAAGAAUCACAUAAAAAGCAUCGUUAUCAAUGCAUUUCCAUCAAAAAUCUUCA